AUGCUCUCUCCAACGUUGAUAUGUUCCGCAGGGACCUCUGGCGACCAGCAGGGACCUCUGACGACCAACAGGGACCUCUGGCGACCAGCAGGGACCUCUGGCGACCAGCAGGGACCUCUGGCGAUCAGCAGGGACCUCUGGCGAUCAGCAGGGACCUCUGGCGACCAGCAGGGACCUCUGGCGAUCAGCAGGGACCCCUGGCGACCAGCAGGGACCUCUGGCGACCAGCAGGGACCUCUGGCGACCAACAGGGAGCUCUGGCGACCAGCAGGGACCUCUGGCGAUCAGCAGGGACCUCUGGCGACCAGCAGGGACCUCUGGCGACCAGCAGGGACCUCUGACGACCAACAGGGACCUCUGGCGACCAGCAGGGACCUCUGGCGAUCAGCAGGGACCUCUGGCGAUCAGCAGGGACCUCUGGCGACCAGCAGGGACCUCUGGCGACCAGCAGGGACCUCUGGCGACCAGCAGGGACCUCUGACGACCAACAGGGACCUCUGGCGACCAGCAGGGACCUCUGGCGAUCAGCAGGGACCUCUGGCGACCAGCAGGAACCUCUGGCGACCAACAGGGACCUCUGGCGACCAGCAGGGACCUCUGGCGACCAGCAGGGACCUCUGGCGACCAACAGGGACCUCUGGCGAUCAGCAGGGACCUCUGGCGACCAGCAGGGACCUCUGGCGAUCAGCAGCGACCUCUGGUGAUCAGCAGAGACCUCUGGCGACCAGCAGGGACCUCUGGCGACCAGCAGGGACCUCUGGCGACCAGCAGGGACCUCUGGCGACCAGCAGGGACCUCUGGCGAUCAGCAGCGACCUCUGGUGAUCAGCAGAGACCUCUGGCGACCAGCAGGGACCUCUGGCGACCAGCAGGGACCUCUGGCGACCAGCAGGGACCUCCGGCGACCAGCAGGGGCCUCUGGCGACCAGCAGGGACCUCUGGCGACCAGCAGGGACCUCUGGCGACCAGCAGGAACCUCUGGCGACCAGCAGGGACCUCUGGCGACCAGCAGGGACCUCUGACGACCAACAGGGACCUCUGGCGACCAGCAGGGACCUCUGGCGAUCAGCAGGGACCUCUGGCGACCAACAGGGACCUCUGGCGAUCAGCAGGGACCUCUGGCGACCAGCAGGGACCUCUGGCGAUCAGCAGCGACCUCUGGUGA